AUGAAACUACAACAGCAGGGUCGAAUAACAGAUAUCACAAACGCUACGAAAUCGUCUACUCCUGACGUCACCAGCUCUAUUCACGUAACCGACGGCGAUGAAACUACAACAGCAGGGUCGUCUACAUACACCACUCCCGGUAAAACUGAAACUCCUGAGAAACAAACAAAUGCAACAGACACUUCUGAAACCGUCACUCAAACAAGAUCAACUGCGAAAUCCAGUGAAACAACAAUUACCGGUACUACGGAGUUACCAAGCGCUGCAACAACAACCACUGUUGAAUCAUCUGUUACGCCCACAGACAGCAACUCUGAAAUAACAGAUAUCACAAACGCUACGAAAACGUCUACUCCUGACGUUACCAGCUCUAUUCACGUAACCGACGGCGAUGAAACUACAACAGCAGGGUCGUCUACAUACACCACCCCCGGUAAAACUGAAACUCCUGAGAAACAAACAAAUGCAACAGACACUUCUGAAACCGUCACUCAAACAAGAUCAACUGCGAAAUCCAGUGAAACAACAAUUACCCGUACUACGGAGUUACCAAGCGCUGCAACAACAACCACUGUUGAACCAUCUGUUACGCCCACAGACAGCAACUCUGAAAUAACAGAUAUCACAAACGCUACGAAAACGUCUACUCCUGACGUUACCAGCUCUAUUCACGUAACCGACGGCGAUGAAACGACAACAGCAGGGUCGUCUACAUACACCACGCCAGGUAAAACUGAAACUCCUGAGAAACAAACAAAUGCAACAGACACUUCUGAAACUGUCACUCAAACAAGAUCAACUGCGAAAUCCAGUGAAACAACAAUUACAGGUACUACGGAGUUACCAAGCGCUGCAACAACAACCACUGUUGAACCAUCUGUUACGCCCACAGACAGCAACUCUGAAAUUACAGAUAUCACAAAUGCUACGAAAACGUCCACUCCUGACGUUACCAGCUCCAUUCACGUAACCGACGGCGAUGAAACUACAACAGCAGGGUCGUCUACAUACACCACCCCCGGUAAAACUGAAACUCCUGAGAAACAAACAAAUGCAACAGACACUUCUGAAACCGUCACUCAAACAAGAUCAACUGCGAAAUCCAGUGAAACAACAAUUACCGGUACAACGGAGUUACCAAGCGCUGCAACAACAACCACUGUUGAACCAUCUGUUACGCCCACAGACAGCAACUCUGAAAUAACAGAUAUCACAAACGCUACGAAAACGUCUACUCCUGACGUUACCAGCUCUAUUCACGUAACCGACGGCGAUGAAACUACAACAGCAGGGUCGUCUACAUACACCACCCCCGGUAAAACUGAAACCGUCACUCAAACAAGAUCAACUGCGAAAUCCAGUGAAACAACAAUUACCGGUACUACGGAGUUACCAAGCGCUGCAACAACAACCACUGUGGAACCAUCUGUUACGCCCACAGACAGCAACUCUGAAAUAACAGAUAUCACAAACGCUACGAAAACGUCCACUCCUGACGUUACCAGCUCUAUUCACGUAACCGACAGCCAUGAAACUACAACAGCAGGGUCGUCUACAUACACCACGCCAGGUAAAACUGAAACUCCCGAGAAACAAACAAAUGCAACAGACACUUCUGAAACCGUCACUCAAACAAGAUCAACUGCGAAAUCCAGUGAAACAACAAUUACCGGUACUACGGAGUUACCAAGCGCUGCAACAACAACCACUGUUGAAUCAUCUGUUACGCCCACAGACAGCAACUCUGAAAUAACAGAUAUCACAAACGCUACGAAAACGUCUACUCCUUACGUUACCAGCUCUAUUCACGUAACCGACGGCGAUGAAACAACAACAGCAGGGUCGUCUACAUACACCACGCCAGGUAAAACUGAAACUCCCGAGAAACAAACAAAUGCAACAGACACUUCUGAAACCGUCACUCAAACAAGAUCAACUGCGAAAUCCAGUGAAACAACAAUUACCGGUACUACGGACUUACCAAGCGCAGCAACAACAACCACUGUUGAAUCAUCUGUUACGCCCACAGACAGCAACUCUGAAAUAACAGAUAUCACAAACGCUACGAAAACGUCAACUCCUGACGUUACCAGCUCUAUUCACGUAACCGACAGCCAUGAAACUACAACAGCAGGGUCGUCUACAUACACCACGCCAGGUAAAACUGAAACUCCCGAGAAACAAACAAAUGCAACAGACACUUCUGAAACCGUCACUCAAACAAGAUCAACUGCGAAAUCCAGUGAAACAACAAUUACCCGUACUACGGAGUUACCAAGCGCUGCAACAACAACCACUGUUGAACCAUCUGUUACGCCCACAGACAGUAACUCUGAAAUAACAGAUAUCACAAACGCUACGAAAACGUCUACUCCUGACGUCACCAGCUCUAUUCACCUAACCGACGGCGAUGAAACUACAACAUCAGGGUCGUCUACAUACUCCACCCCAGGUAAAACUGAAACUCCUGAGAAACAAACAAAUGCAACAGACACUUCUGAAACCGUCACUCAAACAAGAUCAACUGCGAAAUCCAGUGAAACAACAAUUACCGGUACCACGGAGUUACCAAGCGCUGUAACAACAACCACUGUUGAAUCAUCUGUUACGCCCACAGACAGCAACUCUGAAAUAACAGAUAUCACAAACGCUACGAAAAUGUCUACACCUGACGUUACGAGCUGUGUUGAAGUAACCGACAGCGACGCAACAACAACAGAAUCUUCUACAACUACUACGGCAUGUAGAUCUGAAACUUCUAGGGCUGUAACAAGUCCAGCAAUAACUUCAGAAAUCAUGACGACUCCACAAGAGACUACCACGCAUGCAAAAACCACAGAAAAAUCCAAUGAAACUACAAUUAUCAGCACUACGGCUUCACCAAGCAGUGCAACAACAACAACGGUUGAACCGUCGAUUACUGUCACAAAUAGCACCUCCGAAAUUGCGUAUACCACAAGCGCAACAGAUAUUUCUACACCUAGCGUUUCGGACACCGAGGAAAUACAUGGUAGCGAAUCGCCUGUUUCUACUGCCACCGACACCACUAAAAUACCAGGUGGUGAAACAACGGCAAGAGAAACUUCUGGAUCCAUCACAACACCACAAAAGACCGCCAGCCAAACAACAACAAUCACAAAUACUUUUGAAUCAACAUAUUUUAGCAGUGCGACUCCAGGGAUGAAUACUCUUUCUACAGUAAAGACGACAGUACAUACGACAUCCUCUUUGCCAAGUUUUACAUGUCCUGGCAUUGGCAAAUAUCCUCAUCCUCAUGACUGUAACAAGUUUUACUUAUGCAUAAACGCUAUUUUUCAUUUAAUUAAUAUAAUAGUAAAUUGUCCCGAUGGAACAAGGUUCGAUGCCUACAACAAACGUUGUACAACUCAUCCAGUACAAUGUCCUGGAGAAGAGGCCCUGACAUGUAAGACGCCAGGUCUAUUUCCUCAUCCUACAGAUUGUAAUAGGUACUACAAAUGCCACUGGAAUUAUAUUUACGCCAAGUUUGAACUGAAACAAUUCCGUUGUCCUCCACGACACAGAUUUGAUUCUGAAAUUAAAUUUUGCGUACUUUCAGAAUAUUGCCAGAUAACUGAUGAUUCUUUCGAAUGCAGUGAAAUCGGUAAAUUUCCUGUUGAAACAAACUGUAAAGAAUAUUACGAAUGUAAGCCUAACGAUCACGGAAUUUUUGAAAAGAAAGUUAAAACUUGUCAUUUAUUUAAAUUAUUUGAUAGGGAGUUGAGAAGAUGCCGAAACGAAUGUUUAGUUAAUAACUGCCCAUUCGAUUAAUUUGUAUGUGUAAACUGAUUAUAAAUAAAAUGAGCAUUCAUAUUUGUUUGUCUCGUUUAAUCAUCCAUUCACAAAUAACCUUUCUCAAAUUUUAAUUUACAUGUAUAUUUAUUAAGAACAUCAACGGUGCAAACGGACAUUAGUUCCGUUUAAUUUCAUAAAUCCCCAAAGAGUAAAAUGUAGAUUGUAGCGGAGAUUCCAAAGCGCUCCGCUCGUACCCUCUGGAGGGCGCUGUCCUCGGCAGCGCCAGUAUCAACCCCACCAUGCCCACCCCCACUCGAGCCACCCUCGCCCUUUUGGUGCGUCACUACCCAGGUUUCCCCCACGCAUCUCAACCCUGCCUAUACAUAUCAGGCCCAACGCGGGCACUUUUCAGGCAGAUGGAACUGUCCACCAUCUCCACCUUAAGGGCUGUACUGUCUAAGGGGUCAAUUCCAAGUUGGCCGGCGCAACUCAACUUUGCGCCACCGAUUUGCGCCAACAGUUAUUGUAAAUUUUCUAGUUCAAAUUUUCCAUUAAUGCAACGAGGGUGCAACAACGACAUCUUAACUCUCUCGGUAAUUUUUGGUCGUUUAUCCUCACCUUUACUCGAAUUUUUGAAUAAAUUAACAGCAACACCCGCUAAAACUUGACAGACCACCGCAAUUUUUUGAGAUAAAUUGCGCCAACUUGCACUGCCUCCUAGAGAUGCCGCAACUCCAUAGUGCAAAUUUCAAUGGAAAAUUCGACACAACUGUGUUUGUUUAUUCCGUCACCCCCAGCAACCAGCAUUUGAUACCCAAAUUAGCAUUACGAAGUUGCGCUGCACCAGUGACUUGCGCCGGCGCAACUGGCCAACUUGGAAUUGGCCCCUAAGUCCCCUUCUGGUCAUCACCAGGGCUGCACCGUUUUCGGUCCCCUGCGCCGCUUCAAGAUCUUCAUUACCAGGACUGCACUGUUUUACGGUUCCCUGCGCCGCUUCGAGAUCAUCAUCACAGGGCUGCACCGGUCUCGGUCCCCUGCACCACGUCGACUUCUUGUUAUCACCAGGACUGCACUGUCUAGGUCCCCUGUGCCGCAUCGCCGACGUCUUCAUCGCCAGGGCUGCAUUGCCUAAGUCCCCUGUGGUGCACCACCGACGUCUCCUUCAGGGUCGCACCGUCCAGGUCCCCUGUGUUACCGCCGGCGUCAUCCCCUACGACACUCCGAGUCCCAGGAGGCGCCAUCAUCCCCGCCGAAGUUGCCGCCAUACUUUGACUUGUAUUAUUUUUAUAUAUCAAUAAACCACUGAGUUACCACAA